AUGAUGCUGGAAGCUCUUACCAGUGUCAACUAUGCCGCUGGCGUUGCCACAGUCGUAGCGGUACUCUCUGUGUUAUACAAAAAAUUCUCGCCAGCGGCCAGGAAGGACAUCCGGCUUCCACCUGGACCUCCCGCCUGUUGGUUCUGGAGUAACGCGUUGCCUACUGUAAACAUUGCUUAUGCACUGACCAACUUGGUUCGAGAGUAUGGGCCGGUUUUGUCGUUCAAACAAGGUAGCCAGGUGAUGAUCGUCAUUGGCAGUGUGGAGGCAGCUGCAGAAAUUAUGGAGAAAGAAGGUGGAUCACUGGUAGAUCGGCCUCGUUUCGUUGCUGCAGGUGAGAUGCUCUCAAAUGGACUGAGUCUCACCGUGGCUCGUUCCGGAGAACGCUUCCGUCGCCUCCGAAAAGCAGUGCAUCCUCAUGUCCAGCCAAAGGCAGCACAAGCAUACCAAGAUAUGCAGCGCGAGAACGCGAUGAACUUUGUAUUGGAUAUGCUGAAUGACCCAAUGAACCAUCAGAAGCACGCACAACGGUAUGCAGCAUCAGUCGUUCUUCGGGUGACUUAUGGGAAGUCUGCUCCCACUGCCAACGCCGAUCCCGAAUUUGCCCGUCUCAGCAGAGUCGUUGAACAUUUUCAAGCUACAAUUCGCCCAGGAGCUUAUCUAGUCGAUCGUGUGCCCCUUUUGCGCUACUUGCCUGGUUACGGAAAGCAACUUCACGAGUGGCAUAAUGAGGAGCUUGAGUUAUUUAGACAUCAUUUAAGGCGCGUCAAGAAUGAAAUAGAUCAAAACCGAGCUGGCCCCUCUUUCACCAAGGCACUAUUGGAAAACACCGAAGAGCACAAGCUCUCUACAGACGAGAUGGCGUAUCUCGCCGGAUCACUCUUUGGGGCGGGAGCUGAUACGACAGCUAUUGGAAUUACAGCUAUUAUCAUGGCUGCGGCAUGCCACCCAUUGGCUCAGGCAAAGGUGCAUGAAGAGCUAGAUAUGGUAAUUGGGUCGGACAGAGCACCGACAUUUAACGACUCAAGCUCCCUCCCUCAAUUGCACGCGUUCUUGUUAGAAGCUUUGAGAUGGAGACCUAUCGUCCGCAUUGGAUUUCCUCACCGUGCAACCAAGGAUGUUUUGUGGCGAGGAUACUGCAUUCCCAAGGGUGCAACAGUCUACGGCUGCCAUUGGACUAUUUCUCGCGAUCCUAUCGUCUUCCCAGACCCAGAAACAUUCAAUCCCCAACGCUGGCUUGAUUCAGAAGGCCGGAUUAAUGACAGUAAUAUGAAGUUCAUAACGUAUGGCUUUGGUAGACGUCUAUCUGUCAUUAAAAGCGUAUGUCCCGGCUUGCACAUCGCAAACCAAUCGUUGUACAUUACACUCGCACUUCUCUUGUGGUCUUUUCGCAUUGUUCAACGACCUGACGCACCGAUCAACACGCACGCUUUCGAUGAUACGGUCACUCCCCAUGCAGCGCCAUUCGAAAUCGAUGUCAUUCCCCGGGUCGAGGUUGCGAAGCUAAGAGCGAUGAUGGACGGGUCUAUGGAUUAG